UGUCAUGCUCGGUCAAUUGACCAUGUGAGAGCUCUCCGUCUCUUGUCCUCUAGUCUGAACUCUGUGGUCCUCUGAGCUGCUGCUGCUUCCUAGAGGCUGCUCGUCGUGUAAGCCGGCAUAUACAUACACCCACUCUCAUAGAAGCAUCAUCAAUCAUCAUCAUCAUCAUCACCACCACCAGCUUCACCAAAUAUCCCAUCAUGCUCCUCCUCCUCCUCUCCCUCCUCUCCCCCCUCCUCGCCUCCGCCACUCCCUCCCAGUACUGCCUCUUCGGCCUCGCCCGCAACGAAGCCGACUUCUGCGUCGCCCUCUCCCUCUACCACAACCACUCCACCUCGGCCCACGACAUCUACCUCAGCCUCUCCGUCCGGCGCCCCGUCCAGCCCGCCGGCGGCAACUCGUCGUCGCUCGGCUGGACCGCCGUCGGCGCGGGGCCCAAGAUGGCCGGAUCCCUCAUGUUUGUCCUCUACGGCGAUCCCGAGGCCUCCGCGCCGACGCUCAGCGUGCGCACCGUCAAGACGGGCCAUGCGCGGCCCGUCCUCAUCGCCCAGGACGACGAUGAAGGCACCGCCGGCUCGCAUCUCGACGUCCGCGUGGCCCAGACGAGCUGGACAAAGAUCAACGACGAUGAUGCCUCCUCCUCCUCCUCCUCCUCCUCGGCGUACGUGGCCUCUGCCUCCGCCGUCUGCUACGGCUGCUCCGACUGGCCCGGCGCCGAAAUCUCCCCCGAAUCGGCCUCCCAGCCCUGGAUCUGGGCGUGGAACAGCCACCAGGACAUGAAGCCCUUUUCCGCCGACGCCCAGCUCGAGAUGCACUCCCUCGUCGACGGCGGCUACGGCCACUUCUACGUCGACAUGGCCGCGGCCACCUCGCACCACGCCGACGGCUUUCCCGCCAUCAACCUCAACGUUACCACCACCACCAGCGAAAAGGACGCCAACGUCGGCACCUCGGACCGGCCCAUGACGGCAUCAUCGUCACAAGCCGGUCUGUGGCAGAAGCUCCUCUCGCGGCCCCUCGCCCACCUGCACGGCUUCUUCAUGACAACGGCCUUCCUGCUGCUCUUCCCCCUCGGCGCCCUGGCCAUCCGCUCCGGCUCCGACCGCGCCUUCAAGCACCACUGGGCCGUCCAGGCCGCCGCCUCCGCGAGCGCCCUCUCCGGCGCCGUCACCGCCAUCGUCAUGAGCGACCGCGUCUUUGGCUCGCCGCACCAAAUCGCCGGCGUCGCCAUUGUCUGCCUGCUGCUGCCCCUGCAGGUCCUCCUCGGCUGGCGCCACCACAUGGAUUUCAUCCGCAUCUUUCGCCGGACGUGGAUCUCGUACGCGCACAUCGCCCUCGGCUUCACCAUCUUGGUCAGCGGCUGGGCGAAUCUCCUCGCGGGACUGCUGCUCUACGGCGUUGGCAAGCUGGCCAUCGCGCUGGUCGCGCUGCUCAUCUUGUUCGAGGCCGGCGGCGUCGGCGUCUGGUCGUAUCUUGCCGCGAGGAGGAGGGCCCUGACGAGGGGGAACGUGCAGAAGGAGACGGAGAGCUCGGCGGCGUACUUUGCGCUGGAGGAUAUUCCCGAGAGCGAUGAGGAGGACGAGGGGGCGGAGGAGAGGGGGCUUAUGCACAAGAGGGAGGAGUGA